UGUUUCAAAUUUCAUUUUUAACGAAUUGAUUGAAAUUAAAUAUUCAAUCCAACCACCGUCUUUCGUCGCGUCAUGAUUUUACUACUUGAAUUAUAAUUUCAGAACCAACAAAGGAACGCAUCCACAGUCUAAAAUAAAUAAUAGAUAAUUAGGGAAAAAUUUCAGUCUACUCGAAAUUAAACAUUUUUCCUGGAUCAGGCUCGAGAUUUCCGCAAACGCUAAUUUGAAACAAAAUUCGAUAAAUUAAUUCUAAUGCGAGUUUCUUUUCGUUAGUUUGAAUUCGUUAUUUUCGCAUAAAUCCUUUCCGUACAAGUCCUUCACAUGAAGAAGUGUCAUUUCUUUUUACAAGAUGUACGAAGAACACAUGAUGGUCUUUCGACCUUGCACUCUAAUAUCAAAUGUAUUGUUAAUAAUAGCUACAUCAAUUAUAACACAAAACUCGAGUGCCUUCGCUCUGGAGAAAAGCGAUCGCCAGAUCAGGUCGUGCAUUGUCAGCGAUAGGGGCGGAGACAACCUAACCUUGCUUCACCCAGCCACCGCAGACCGCAACACGCUGCUGCUCGGCGCUCUCUUCCCCAUCCACAGCCAAAAGCGCCUGCCUUGCGCUGGAGACGAGGGAGAGGUGCACGUCUGUGACAAGAUUCAGCAGAAGGACGGCAUAGAAGCUUUGGAAGCUUUUCUCUUCACUUUGGACGAGAUCAACAAGAACUCGUCACUGCUUCCCGGCAUCACCUUAGGAGCCCUCGCUUUAGACUCCUGCGACUCUCCCGAAGUGGCCUUACGUCAAUCCAGAAAUUUUGUCAAAGGGAACCUGGCUGCACAAAACGCCCACCACGACACGGGCUUCACGUGCGGCGACGACAGCAGUACGCCGUCCUACAUGGGCGGCCGCUACGAUAAAGUCGUAGGCGUCAUCGGCGGCCAGAAAAGUUCUGUUUCUGUUCAGAUGGCAAACAUUUUCAAGCUUUUCGAGAUCCCGCAAGUGAGCUACAUCAGCACAGCGUCGUCCCUCAGUCACCGCUCUAUGUACCCUUACUUCUUGCGAACCGUGCCCUCCGACGAUGACCAGGCAGAAGUCAUACUCCGUGUGCUGAAAACCUUCUCAUGGGUCUACGCGUCGCUGGUUUAUUCGACCGAUGAGUAUGGGGAGAGCGGACGUCGGGAGCUGCUGGCGCAGGCCACCACCUACGACGUCUGUUUUGACCUCAACAACUACGGGCUCUCAGCAGCCGACGGCGACCAACAGUACGCCGCUGUCGCUAAGAAAGUUUACGCCAACACCAAGGCAAGAGUGGUCGUGGUGUUCGCUGAAGCUUCGGUGGCUACCCGACUGUUCGAAAAACUGUACGGCGAGCGACACGAGUUUCACGAAGGUUUUGCCAAAGUCUUCGUGGGAUCUGAUGCAUGGACGGUGAAAAAUAUUCAGAAACAUGUCAGCUCUAUAGUUGAGAACACGAUCGCAGUGCAGCCUCUGGUAGAACAGAUCCCAGGGUUUGAUGCGUACUUCACUGGCCUGAAGCCGGCGACCAACAAGCGCAAUCCUUGGUUUGAGGAGUUCUGGGAGGACAAGUUUAAGUGUUCAUUGCAGUCCAGGAGAAACGGGCAGUGUGACAUGUCUCUGUCUCUUGGAGUCGGGGAGUCGCCCCCCUACAGGCAGCGUGGUUGGUUGCACUUCCUCCGCGACGCCGUCUACGCCUUCGCUAUGGCGCUGCACGACAUCUGGCGGCAGCACUGCGACGGCCGGCCUGGCGUCUGCGAUGACAUGACGCAUGAAGGACACAUACACGGCCAUCAGCUGCUCGUCGCACUCAAAAAUGUCUCCUUCCUUGAUGUGACCGAGCACGAGUUCAGGUUCAACCCCAUCACUCGGUCAGGGUUGCCGCGGUACACGUUGUUUCAGUUCCAGCACGACGAAACCGAUGGCGCUUAUUCUUGGGUUCCCGUGGGAAAUUAUUCAAAAUUAGCAGGUCAAGAGGCUGAGAUAAACUGGUUUUCGGAUCUCAUUUGGUCGCACAAAGCGGAACCUCCAGUCUCCCAAUGCAGCGCUCCAUGCGCGUCCGGACAAGCUGUUAUCAAGCGAGACACUUGCUGCUGGGAGUGCAUGAACUGCACAGAACAUCAAUUCCUGAACGUCAGUCAUGAUUCAGAAGCAGGUUUCUGCGACUCAUGUUCCCCUUGCUUCUUACCUGCGGAAAACGGCACAGCCUGCCAACCAAAACCUGAGAAGCAUCUUGGCUAUAACAAUCACUGGGUCAUCACGGCUACGGUGUUCGCCAUUUUAGGUUUCUGUGACUCUUGUUCCCCUUGCUUCUUACCUGCGGAAAACGGCACAGCCUGCCAACCAAAACCUGAGAAACAUCUUGGCUAUAACAAUCACUGGGUCAUCACGGCUACGGUGUUCGCCAUUUUAGGAAUAAUUACAGCGAUUUGUGUCGGCGUCAUUUUUUGGAUUCACUUCGAUACUCCAGUCAUCAAUUGAGCGGCAUCACGCGAGCUUUCUUUUCUGCUACUCCUCGGGAUCUUCUUAUCUUUCUGCAUGACCUUGGCUAUCGUGACGCCUCCAAAUCGCAUAACGUGUGGCAUUACAAGAUUCUUCUUAGGCUUCAGCUACACACUUUGCUACGCGGCCAUCCUGACGAAGACAAAUCGAAUUAUUACCAGGAUUUUCAAGAGCCCCUCCAAAGCCCUUGAGGCAAAAUACACGUCACCUGCGUCACAGAUGAUGAUCGUAAUGGCGCUCGUCAGUUUAGAGGUGGCCAUCAAUGUUGUCUGGCUGCUUCUAACACCUCCUCAAGAAGCCGCCCUUUGUGAUGUGAAGAUUCCUCACAAGAUUCUCGUGUGCAGAGGAAUUGACGGAUACUCCUACAUGGUGGGACUGCUGUAGCCGCUCUCGCUCGUAUUUGUCUGCACCAUCUAUGCCAUCAAGACCAGAAAGUGUCCGGGUGGCUUCGAUGAGGCACGCUACAUCGCGUUCACCAACUACACGUCGUGCAUCAUUUGGGUGGUGUUCGUGCCGCUCUACCUCUCCAAGGAACCCUCCGAUGAGACGAGGAU